AUGCCUCGCGGUGGUGGAGGACAUGGCUCUUACAUCCACUCGCGAGAUCUAUCCAAUCCAUCUCUCGAACGUCGCGAGCCCGGUCCAAGAGGCGGAGGUGGUGCACACGGCUCGUAUAUCCACUCGCGAGAUCUGGCAGAGGGGUCCCUCGAGCGUCGCGAACCCAAUCCAAGAGGAGGCGGCGGUGGACAUGGCUCGUAUAUCCACACGCGAGAUCUGGUAGAGGGAUUGAAGCUUGAGCGUCGGGAACCCGAACCGAGAGGAGGUGGUGGUGGUGCACACGGCUCGUACAUCCGCGCGCGAGAUUUGACAGAGAGGCCACUCGAACGCCGCGAACCCAGUCCAAGAGGUGGUGGUGGCGGUGGACAUGGCUCGUAUAUCCACUCGCGAGAUUUGGCAGAAGGGUCCCUCGAGCGCCGCGAACCCAAUCCAAGAGGAGGAGGCGGUGGACAUGGCUCGUAUAUCCGUUCGCGAGAUUUGGCUGAAGGGUUGAUGCUUGAGCGUCGGGAACCCAAUCCAAGAGGAGGAGGUGGAGGUGGACAUGGCUCGUACUUUCACACACGGGAUCUCCCAAUAGAGAAGAAGAGCUCUGAACUCGAGACAAUUGUAAUGGGUAAAUCCAUCCAGGCGCGCGUCGAGGCAUGUGGAAUCGAAAUUGACCUCCUACUGCGGGAAAGACCUGACAAGAAUCCGAAGACGCACUCUAAGCCACCAAACUCCAUGGUCAACAACGACAAGCCAUUUCCGCCACUUCCAUACGACAUCCUCUGCUAUUUUCUCUUCUUCUUGCCAGACUUUUACACUCUUCGAGACGUUAUCCUCAGUGGUCGCCCGUUCUACGACGCCUAUGUCUCUCGUCGCGAGCGUGUGCUCGGACACAUUAUGCGUAAUCAAUUCGGACUCGGUGCACCCGGAGCGCUACGUCUCGCUGCACUAUUACUCGACUUUAAAGCAGAAAAGGCCUCUGUCCGAAAUGGAGACCAAUGGCUCGAGGAUUAUCGACCAGAGUACUCGACACGAGUACUCAAGCAGACAAAGUGGAUUCACAAAGUCACGCAUGCGUGUCUACAGUUGUACUUGACACGUUGGUGCUGGCUUCCUCCUCGCAAGACAAUUUCUCAACCACCCGUUAUCGACUUGUUCAGUGAAGCCGCUGUCAACUUUGAGCGCGCAUUCAUCACUUGGUGGACUCUCUGUGUAUUUAGAGCACGAAACACCGACUUUGGAAACCUAACGGUACACUGUUUACCUGAUGUCGAAUGCACUGAGACGGAGAUAAACGACUACCUCUCACUCUGCACCUUUUUCUCUCAAAUCCUCUGCGCGUUGACCAAAAAGGAAGAUACAAAGGGACUCUGCGAAGUGCAUUAUGAAUACUGGUCAGAAUGGGCUCCAGGUGCUAUCGGUCCGGUUCCUUUCUUGCGCGCUCUCAGCGAGACCACCAAGUCCAAAAGCAGGCGUAUACUCUACCGAACGAUGCCUGCUUGCGGUCUGUCUACAUACUGA